UGGCAACCGGAUGCAGGGGCCAUGGCACUCUUAACACCCCAGGGAGUGAAGGAAGUCUUCCAAUCUCAGAAGUCACAAGGUCGGGAGCACCUGCGGAGACUCCUGAACUGGGAGGAGCUCGACGAGCUGCGGGACUCCCGCAGGAGCAUCCUGCUGGACACACUCUACGACAGCAUCGUCUUCGCCGUGGGCAAAGGCUUCCCGUGGGCGGAGGUGGCCCAGGUGGUCAAGUUCACAGAAGAGCUGCUGAGGGAAACCAAAGGCUGCUCCAUCACUGAGGCUGUGACGAUCCUGGGGAACAAGCUCAGGAAUUACCAGAGGCGGUUCAACACCGCGCACCUGGUGGCCCUCUGCGACUACUGCCACAACACCUUUAUCCGCCACUACAAACUCUACCAGUAUGUCCUGGGCCAGGACCGGGACGUCAACCUGAGGGUCAGCCACCUGGAGGUGUGUGUGCCGCCCCAGCCCCUCCCGCUGGCCGAGGGCGUGGACAGGAACGUCUGGAGGCACGAGCAGCAGGUGGCCGAGCUGGGGAGGGCCGAGGCGCAGAAGCGCACCGACAUGCUGCUGCUGCAGGAGACGCUGCGCCUGGAGCAGGAGCACCUGCUGCAGAAGGCCUUCCAGGACACGCCCGCCACGCCCCGCCAGGCCCUGCGGAGACAGGACCUGGAGCACCUGAUCCGCGAGGCCGUCCACGUCCAGAUUGAGUGCCUGAAGGAGCUGCUGCAGCAGGAGAUCCAGGUCACCUUCGACAUCCUGGACCUGAAGCUGCAGAGGAAGACGCUACAUCUCCACGCACCCAACCCCUUCCCGCCCUCCACCGCGGGCCAGCCCAGCCGGGAUGAGGCUCUGAAGCCCCACAAAGCAAACAAAGGAAAGAAAGCGAAGGCAAAGAAGUAG